UUUUCCUUGAGAAAAUGCCUAACCUUUUCAUUCUCUUGGUUUUCUUUGAACAUCUAAGUCUUCCCACACACCUCCAACUGCUUUGUGAAACAAACGCCUCUUGUAUAACUUUCCACAUUGUCCAACCUUUUCAGAUAAUCUCAGCACCUCGCACUUUUGCUUCCCCUGAAGACAUCCCUCUUGGAGACCUUUAAUGACCUUCUGUUCCCAUCUGCAUGGAGAGGAAUAAAGACAUUCAAACAAGUCUUCUAUUUUCAAGUCCUUCCCUACCCAUAACCUACCCAUUUCCCUCGCAAAACAAAACACCUGGUACCUUGUGUCUCUAAAGUUAAGUGUACAGACAGCAAGUUUAGCUUUCUCUGCCAGGUUUUUACCUUCUGUAUUUAUAUUUUGUGUUGGGGGGGUUUCUGAAACCCCCUUGUUUCAUCAAACAUGGAACUCUUUGCAUCUAUAUCUUGUUUUCUCAAUGAUUUGAAGCGAUUUUUCAGUUGGGGAAAAAAUGGGAACACCUGCAUUUUACCACUUUAACUCAGCCAUCUCCUAACUUCUAGUUCCAAAUUCAUGUUUGUUUAUUAUUUUUUAAAGAGAUAGGGUCUCACUCUGUCACCUAGGCUUAGUGCAGUAAUGCAAUCAUAGGAUCAUGGCUCAUUGCAGCCUUGAUCUCCCAGAUACAAGCUAUUCUCUUGCCCCAGCUUCCCGAGGAGCUAGGACCACAGGUGUGUGCUGCCAUGCCUGGCUAAUUUUUAAAUUUUUUGUAGAGACUAGGUGAUACUGUGUUGAUCAGGCUGGUCUUGAACUCCUGGGCUCAAGAGAUCCUCAUGCCUUGGCUUCCUGAAGUGCUGGGAUUACAGGCAUGAGCCACCACAUCCAACACCAAAUUCCUAAUGAUUGACUGGAUUAAAAUAACCAUGCCAGGCGAGGAACUAAAGACACCUAUAUUUCCUAGACCCAUUCUACGAUUUCUUUUUCCUUUCGUCCUAUUCUUUAUUAUUGGAUACAAAUGAUAGCAUGCUUAUCUUUUGGAGAUGAAAGGGUCUUUCUCUAGUGAGAACUCUUUUCUUUCAAAUGCAGAUUUUAUGGGAAAAUCCAACUGGCCUGCUCUGUGUUUUCUGUUAAAUAAGCCCAUCUCUAUGAGUUAGGUGGUAAAGGUAAUUUGUUUCAUUUUAGUACUAUAACUUAAGAAGACUAGGAGAAUUUAGAGUUAAGGGAGAACCACUGAGAUAAUUAAAAGGUGAAGAAAUAAUACCUACAAAGAAAAAGUAAGAAAGGUAGGAUUAUUUAUAUCGGAGUAUAUGAGGGAGUGAGUGUCAUAAUGAGAGUUAAAUAUAUAAAGGUGCAGUGUAGAGAAGAUGGCACCCAGUUGCCCUUUUAAAAUGAAAGACUUCAAGAGGAAAUAGAUUAAAUUAGCAGUAGAGUCUAUAAAUAGCAUAACAGAGUAUAAAAAUAGCAGUAGAGUAAGUAUAUUUUACAAAGAAGAAACUUCAAGACAGUGAAAGUUGUUAACUGGAGGCGGGUGGGGAAGGGUUGCAGGCAAGAUUACUAGGCGAGGCUUGUGCGCCCGCUCCCACCCUGGCCACCAGUGCCCACCCGGUCGGCCUGGCACAGCCAUGAUCAAGGAGAUCCUAAUCUUCAACAACCACGGGAAGCCGCGGCUCUCCAAGUUCUACCAGCCCUACAGUGAAGAUACACAACAGGAAAUCAUCAGGGAGACUUUCCAUUUGGUAUCUAAGAGAGAUGAAAAUGUUUGUAAUUUCCUAGAAGGGGGAUUAUUAAUUGGAGGAUUUGACAACAAACUGAUUUAUAGACAUUACACAACGUUAUAUUUUGUCUUCUGUGUAGAUUCUUCAGAAAGUGAACUUGGCAUUUUAGAUCUCAUUCAAGUAUUUGUGGAAACAUUAGACAAAUGUUUUGAAAAUGUCUGUGAACUGGAUUUGAUUUUCCAUGUAGACAAGGUUCACAGUAUUCUUGCAGAAAUAGUGAUGGGGGGAAUGGUAUUGGAGACAAACAUGAAUGAGAUUGUUACACAAAUUGAUGCACAAAAUAAGCUGGAAAAAUCUGAGGCUGGCUUAGUGGGAGCUCCAGCCUGUGCUGUAUCAGCUGUAAAGAAUAUGAAUCUUCCUGAGAUCCCAAGUAAUAUUAACAUUGGUGACAUCAGUAUAAAAGUGCCAAACCUGUCCUCUUUUAAAUAAAAAUGUAAAAAGGCCACUCCCAGGUAAAAUCCAGGGGGAAGAGUCAUCUAAGUUUACCAUGCAGUUGUUUACCAAAAAUAGAGGAGGAGAGUCUUAACUUUUGCUCUUGGAUUUAAGUCAAGGUACUAUAUAGAAGUUGUGUAAAAUCAGUAUGAAAGUUCAAUGUUGCUUUUCUUGCUCAGUGAUUUUAAAGAAAUUGAGUAGUUCCUAUGUGAUUUUUUUUUUUCUUUUCUAAACUGCAUUCGGGUGCCCAUCUAUGGCAUGCCUCUAUGUAUUGGCUACUACAGUGUGUUAAAAAGCGUUUCAGAUAUUUCUUUAAUUCUGUACAACCUAAAAUGUUGGUGUUUUGUAUGGAUCACAAGUGCAGCAUUCCUUAAUUCCUUCUGCUCUUUGUCACACAAUUGUUAUUUAAAGAACCAAGUAUGUAUUGCAUGAAAACAUUAUGACUUUUUUCUCUUAGUUUAAAUAAACUCCAAGGUAACUGGACUUCUAAAGCACCUUUCUGUUUGCCUGAUAUCUACUUUAGCAAUAAUUUUUUUUACAACCCUCUGACUCAACAAAGUAAAUAAAAGUAUAUUUUAUCACUAAAAAAAAAAAAAAGAAA